CAGAAAGCUUGGAAACCCCUUCCGCACCCGCCGGGAAGAGUCGGUUAACACGAGGUUCUCAGACAGGCGGUGGGUGUACCCCUGGUGCGCUGGUCAGUGCGAUGCCGAAGGCCAAGGGCAAGACUCGGAGGCAGAAGUAUGGUUAUAACAUCAAUCGAAAGCGUCUCAACCGGAAUGCUCGGCGGAAGGCAGCGCCGCGGAUCGAGUGCUCCCAUAUCCGACAUGCCUGGGACCACACCAAAUCUGUACGGCAGAACCUGGCGGAGAUGGGUCUCGCCAUGGACCCCAACAAGGCGGUGCCCUUCCGUAAGAGAAAGGUGAAAGCCAUGGAAGUGGACAUAGAAGGAAGGCCCAAGGAGCUUGUACGGAAGCCCUAUGUACUAAAUGACCUGGAAGCAGAGGCCAGCCUCCCAGAAAAGAAAGGGAAUACCUUGUCUCGGGACCUCAUUGACUACGUGCGCCACAUGGUGGAGAACUAUGGGGAAGACUACAAGGCCAUGGCCCGGGAUGAGAAGAAUUACUAUCAAGAUACCCCAAAACAGAUUCGGAAUAAGAUCAACGUCUAUAAGCGUUUUUACCCAGCGGAGUGGCAAGCCUUCCUUGAUUCUUUGGAAAAGAAUAAGAUGGAGAUUGAAUGACUCUGGGCCAAGGCCUUGUUCUGGACCAAAGAAGCUGGAGCCGGCGUGUAAGACAAGGAGGGUGUGUGGCUUCAGAUGAUGCUGGCUAAUCCUGUGGAAUCAGGUUA